AUGGACGGUGAAAAAUUUAUUAAAAUUGAGAUUAAAAAGGAAAUGGAAGACCCUGAAUUAUCAGAACAAAAUAGUGAUGACGAUAUUAACACAAAAGAAUACCAAAUUGAAGUGACCAUAAAAAGAGAGAUUAGGGAGGAAAUAGAUAGUGAAGAACUCAAAUUAUCUGAAGGAACAGUAAGUAGAACUAAAGAGAGAAAUGAAUUACAACAAAAUUGUGAAGAAGUCAGUGACUCGGAUAGCGUCGAACGAAAUUUGACGUCGAAAUCAACAGUUCCGUUAAAGAGCAAAACUAAUGAUUUGAAGAAAUGUAAUAAAACAGAUGCUGAUGAAAAGGUGUAUUCAUGUGAUUUGUGUGGUAAAAGUUUUAAUCGAUCCAGUAAUUUAAAAGCACAUAAAAGUAUACAUGCAGGUGAAAAGCCGCACUCAUGCAAUGUAUGUGGUAAAAGAUUUAAUUUAUUAGGUCAAUUGAAGUCGCAUAAUAAAGUGCAUACAGGUGAAAAGCAGUAUUCUUGUAAUAUAUGUGGUAAAAAUUUUAGUCAACUUGGUAAUUUGAAGACGCAUAGUAGAAUUCAUACAGGUGAAAAGCCGUAUACGUGUAAUGAAUGUGGUAAAAGUUUCAAUCGAUCUACUCAUUUGACGAUACAUAAAAGAAUUCAUACCGGUGAAAAACCGUAUUCAUGUAAUAUAUGUGGAAAGAGUUUCAACGUUUUAGGUCAUCUCAACACACAUAAUACAAUACAUACUGGUGAAAAGCGGUAUCCAUGUAGUGUGUGUGGAAAGCGAUUCAAUCGACCUCAAGCUUUGAAAAUACACAAUAGAACACAUACUGGUGAAAAGCCGUAUUCAUGUUAUUUGUGUGGUAAGAGUUUCAAUAGAUCUAGUGAUUUGAAAAUUCAUUACAGUAUACACACUGGUGAAAAGCGAUAUGCAUGUAGUGUGUGUGGAAAGCAAUUCAAUCGAUCUCAAGCUUUGAGAACACAUAAUAGAAUACAUACUGGUGAAAAGCCGUAUUCAUGUAGUAUAUGUAAUAAGAGUUUCAUUAGAUCUAUUGAUUUGAAGUUACAUGAAAAAGUACAUAAUGGUGUAACAACAUAAAUUAUGAUACAGUAAAUAUUUGUUACAUUAAUGUAUUUUGAUGAUUUCUCAUGAUGAAGCAACAUCUAGUGCCGUUUCAAAUUGGUUGAAUGAGUUUGAAUAUUAUGAAUAAAUUACCCGGAGUUUUUUUAAUAACUCCCGCUCUGUAAUAACCACAGAACACAAAGAUAGUAGAAGUAGUAUAGCAUUAUGAAUACAUAAAAACCAGCGUACCCAUAUUCACACAUUUUUUUUUAUAUUAAAUGGCUCGAAUUCUCCAAUCCUAUUUUUAAAUUGAAUGGAUUCAGCCAAUGUCAAGGUGGAGAUUUUUUUUAUUUUUAUUUAGCUGAUAGAAGUGCAUAAAUGAACUGAAAGGAAAUGAUCGGUUGAUAUAGCUGUGGGUUUCUACUUUCUUUUGUGAAUUGAAGAAUAGGCAACAAGAGUUCACACAUUUAAACAUUAUCUCUUAUAAUAUACAAUAUCCGGACGACCGAUUUUGUCUUGCUCGGAUUUCUAAGAAUGUACAAAACUUGAAACAAAAAAAAAUACUAAUAGGACAUCUGGAUUCGAGCCGGGGUCUUCUGCUUUCCGGAUCAUCCAAUGUCCCAUCUGAGCUAUUAUAGUCUUGUAUAUAGUGGCAGAAUUUAUAUUUGUAUUCUAAUGUUAUUGUAGCUGUUUCUCAUUAAAACACGGAUAAAACAUUUUUUUUAAAUUGAAACCUAGCUAGAUCGAUUUACCGCCCCCGAAAUCCCCUUUAUACUAAAUUUUAGAGCCGUUUUCGAGAUUCAGAUUAUAUAUACACAAGAAUGGCUCGUUUAAAAUAAAAUUAUCAAUAGGUCGUAUUUUAUUAAUAUUAAAGGUAUCAGGUUUUCCAUAAGAGUAUUAAAUUAAUUCUUUAUCAAGAUAUUUUAUACCUUUGAGUUUUUAAAAUUGUUCUUUUUAAGCGUGAUGUUUUUUUGUACUUUUUAGUGUCUGCAAUAGGUUGUUUUAUAAACAGUAGGAUUUUUCUAGAUAAUAUCACGUAAACUAUGAGAUUUCGUUGCUUUUUAUGGUCAUAUAUAUAAAACAGAAUUUUUUAAAGAAACUAUGGGUAGGCCUACGAAAGGUGCCGCGACCUUUAUAAAAUAUAGAUCACAAGAAACGGAAUCGAUUCCGAAAAAAUCGAUUUCAUGUGAGAGAUUGAAAUGUCGUGAAAGAACUUUGUUAGCUUUAAAUGAUAGAUAUAUAAGUAGAUAAAAAUAGAUAGCCUAAUACCUACUGAUCGGGACAUGGGUUAAUACUUUAUAAUAAUAUAUAAUCAACAAAUAUAAACUCCUAAAAAGCCGUACACAAACCAUAAUAAUCCACGUAAACAAAAAUAAACAUAAAAUGAAAAGUACUGGGCCAAAUUAUAUCAAAUUUCAAAUCAUGUAAAUCGGAUCAUAAAUGUCGGCCUAAUUGGUAUAUUCAAAUUUUAAAUUCAAAUUCAAAAACACUUUAUUCAUGUAGGUCACGGAAAUGACACUUAUGAAUGUCAAAAAAAUAUUGUUUCUUAUUGAAUUUACCGCUACUUCGUUGGGUUGAGCUAAUGAGAAGAAGUAGCAAGAAACUCACUGCCUCAUAUAAUAAUACAUACAUAAAAAAAUACUGAUGGAAUUGAAGUUCCACAUCCUUUUGAAGUUAAUAAAAGUACCAGCAUUUCUGUGAUUAAUUACAAUAUUCGUUUAUUGCGCUAUCGUACAUAAAUUUACAUUAACUAAAAUUACAUAAAAAUUUGACACUUCAAAACUAUAACAAUUAUCUUACACUAAAAAUUUAUCUCCCAUAAAAAUCAACUUUCAUCCAUAAUUUCAAUGACUGUCUUACGAAUUGUCGAUCAGGCCACGUGUCCUGACGCGAGUUUAACGUUUUAUACCCAUCCCAAGAAAAGUGCUCAACGCCGUCGAAGAAGUUUUCUCUUCAAUAAAUGUUUAAACACAUAUUACGAUAAAUUGAUACUUAUGUAUAUAGUACAUGAGGCAUGUAUUAGAUUCCACCCCAGAUUCAAACCCAGUCUAGUUCCUUACAGAAAAAUAAACCUUAUGUAGUUAAUAAUUGAUUUACUUAUUGAUAGUUUAAAAUUGUGAAUAAGACGGUUAAAAUAUAUUUAUUUCAUUAAUCAUCAUUAAUAAUUGUAAUAUUGCAUGUUAACAAUUUAUACUAUUAUAUUGUAUUUUAAUUACCAAUUAAAUUUAAAUUAUAUAGGACUUAGGUGACCCGAUAGACGCUGUUCUGCUAAUAAAAAAAAUGUAAAUAUUCGGGAAUAAAGUAGUCUAAAGCCAUCGAAAAUGUGUUCUAAAAGAGUUAAAAUGAAACAAGAGCGUAUUUCUGAAUGAUUUUAUAAUAUGAAGUAAUAAAUAUUUAGUUAGAUAUACUAAAGUAAUUGUUUAAACAGAUUUUACAUUACCGCUUUACAAUUGCCAAUUUUUUAAAAUGGAUAUAGUUUAUAAUAUAAAAUAUAUAUAUGUUAUCCUUAAGAGAUAGAUAUAUACUCUUUCUGUAAACUUAUAUAAUAUGGACUUUUCUGUAAACUUAAAUAAGAUACAGAAUAGGGUAUAUGCAUGAUUUUUUAGGGGAAAGAGAAAGGGAAAAAUAUAUAGAAUUUUUUUUUUCUUUAUUUAGUUGCGUGAAUUUACUUCAUUAAUGUUAUCGAAACUGCAAAUACCGCGUUGAGCAAUUUGCGACAUGCUAUAUAACGACCUGGCUAUCACAAAGAACGCACUCUGCGUUAAGCCGCUACAGUGCAUCGAUUAUUUUGUAAAUGACGCACCACAUCGAUAAACCACAGCUGUUGUGUUUCAGCGCCCAAUGUGUUAAUAGGUAGACAUAUGUCAUCGCGGACUUUUCUAUAGACCUAUAUAAGAUACAUAAUUCCACCAUACAUUAAUUUGAUAUAACUCACGCUUACACAGCGUUUUCGUUGAAAGCUUAUUUUUGUCCGACACCUCCAACAAAUAUCAUUAAUGUGUACAAAAACUUUUACGACAAAUUUUAUACUAAGACCUUCUCCGAGAACCACCAUCGCUGAAAACAGCAUGAAAAUUAGUGCCGUAGUUUUAGAGUUUAUCGCGAACAGACACACAGACGUAGCGAAGGAAAUUGUUUUAUAAUAUGUAGUGAUUAAAUUAUUAACGAUGUAUUUUGAAAUUAUACACACGAUAUUUUUACCCUAUUUCAGAGGAUUACUAGUUUUGACUGGUACGUACACAGUAUAUUAAACCAUUCCGUAUUUUAACAGAAGUUAUGUGAUUUAUUCUUUCGUAUAUACCACUACUAUAUUGUAAGUCAAUAGGCGUAUGGUCAAUACCAUUAUUGCUCAUUACUUAUUUUCAAUUUUGCGAAAGACUGAAUUAUGUUUGUUAUAAGGGCGGUACGUAAGUCUUACGCUGGCCGUUAUUGUGCAGAAGUCAAAAGUAAAGUAUCUAGGGGGGCAUAGCGUUGUAGCGAUUGGCUCGCCAGUCGUAUUCCGUCCCCCGUACCGAUACGACACCCCGGGCACUUCCAGUGUACAGUCACGUUCUGAAUUGUAUUGUUAUUAUUUUUAUUGAUAAGUUUGAGUUGGUCUGUUAAAUACACACUCGCGCACACGCACAUAUUCUAUUGUAAAGAUUUUUUUGACAACUCUGGCACGUAAUUAACUUUGUACAGAAGUACUUCAUACUUUAGCAUUAAAUAUUUUUCAAAGUAUAAUAUUUUCGUUCGCAACAGUACCUACCCAUACUGCGCUACACUAUUUGUCAUUACAUUAAAAUAAUGUCAUUAAUAUUAUUUUAUUAUUAAUUAAUUAAAGUUAUAUUUGUAAAGCGUGCGCGACAGUACGCAGCUAUCCCCUCCACGUUUCGUUCAGUGCUAGACUUACGUGCCGCCAUUAUAUUUAGGCAACGAAUGACGAAUUGUCAUUACAUAAAGUAUUAUAAUAGUUGUAAGGAUUUAUUGUUAAUAAAUUCCGUUUGAUUUGACAUAAUUGUAUUUGUAAGCAUAUUGUUACGUUACAUUUUUAAUAAAUAUAUAAUGAACCAUG